CGUGUAACCGGAGACUGGGCCUAAGUCCGACGGUACGACCUCGAUGGCCGCCAGCCUCAACUCCCUUCUCAAAGCCCUCGUGAACCGGAUCUCGGGUGGCCUCGGGGAUCAAUACAUUUAUUCCCCUCUGUCCGAAAAUGGCAAUAUUCGCUUGCUGCGUUUGAUGCCGCACCAAAACAGGGAGGCCCCUUUACAAUGCCAGCUCUUCGAAUAUCCCUUGCGGAAAGCACGCCGAGGGGUACACCUUUACGAGACCUUGUCGUAUGUUUGGGGUUCUGAGGAAAACCUGAAACACGUCUAUAUCCGAUCAGGGGAUAAAAACCAGCGUUUGCUCGUCACGCCAAAUCUCCACGCAGCCCUUUCACACCUCCGAGAUGAGCUCUUAGAACGCAUCCUAUGGAUCGAUGCUAUUUGCAUCAACCAGAAAGACAAGGUCGAAAAGGGACUGCAGGUCCAGUUCAUGGCUGAGAUAUACGCGAAUGCCAACCGCGUCAUCGUCUGGCUUGGGGAGGCGGCAAGUGAUAGCGACCAAGCGUUUGAAGCACUACGACAGGCCGCCAGGGAAGGCAGCACACAGCACUACAUCGACGAGCCGACCGAGCAAGCAAUCUUUACUCUGCUUGAACGGCCAUGGUUCCGACGCAUUUGGGUCGUUCAAGAGGCUGCGGCAGCUCGGCAGAUCUUGAUGAAGUGUGGCCCUUGGGAAGUUGAUGGAUUUGUGUUUUGUUCAGGCAUCGCCGCCUUGAACCUGUCCUACACCACCCACCCACAUCUACGAGGUCUGAUUCCUCCGAUGACGUAUCUCGUACGAGAUGCAAUCUUCCGGCCUCGGGAUACUAUAAGCCAGCCCGAAACAAGCCAGCCCGCAACAAGCCAGCCCGAAACAAGCCAGCCCGAAACAAGCCAGCCCGAAACAAGCCAGCCAAGAACAUUCUCUCUCAACAUUCGGCCACUGGGCGAGCUGGUGGAUAUGUACCACAACCGUGAAGCUACGAACCGUCUCGACAAGGUUUAUGCCUUGCUCGGCAUGAGCUCUGAUGACCACACGACGGCGGAGUUAUCAGUCGACUAUGAUCUGCCGUGGGAAACAGUCUUUCGGAGGCUUGUCCAAUCUCUCCUCUCCGACCAGGUGUUUGUGGAUAUAUGGGAUGAUCGCGCCGUGGCGGUGAUCCAAGGCAAAGGCCAUAUCUGUGCCACAGUGACUCAAGUCGACGGUCACGAUACGCGAAGUGAUAUACAGCUCAUAACCAUCACUUGUAAGGAAGCGCUUGGUAAUUGCAAGAAGUGGUGGUCCUAUCAAUACCACCUCCGAGCUUCCGCCAAUCCUAUCCGCGUAAAAGAUGCGGUUUGUAUUUUACAAGGAUCAACGAUGCCCACGAUCGUCAGAUUCCACGAGGGGGGCUACUCUACCAUCAUCAUGAUCACGGCUUCUCUGGGAGAGCCAGAUCAAAGAUGGUCGGAACUCAUACAAUCUCUCCCAAAAUCCCCAACAGACUUCGUCAUGAUUUGGGACUGGGACGCACCUCAAGACGGAUCGCAAGAUCAAGACUAUGAAUCCCUCAUCAGCAGCCGAGGGGGGCCCCAGCGGCCUUGGACAGAGUCGCAAGACUAUUUGGUCAAGGCCAUCAGAUUGUGGAACUUCGGGAUAUUGCUGAAUGGAGUCGAGGAUUACCCAGACGCAGGGGAACACCUCCGAAACGCCGUCGAGGCGUAUGCCGCGGCAUUGAGGAGCGCCGGAACUCCUCCCGAUUAUAGCGCUUGGACGGGGGCGGAUGAAGAGGCACUGAUGGCAAUGGACAACCUAGUCACUGGAGACGAAGACGCCCCUGUUGAAACCGAGAGGUUUAACGACUUGACGCCACUACUUUGGGCUGUGGAGAAGGGGGAUGAGGGCCUCGUGAAGCUGCUGCUUGAGAAAGGCGCGGUUCUUGAUGUUGUGGCCAGCAGUGGCCAGACGCCCCUAGUCCGGGCUGCAGAGAAGGGGUACAUCGGCGUCAUGAAGCUUCUACUUGACAAAGGCGCCACUAUUGGUGCUGAGGCCGCUGAUGGCCGGAUGAGGCUACGGUGGGCCGUGGAUCGGGGGUACGAGAGCGCGGUGAAGUUGCUGGUUGACGAACGCAUCAGUUUGGACGUCGACGAUGAUUAUUAUUACGACAACGAUCAGGAUUACGCCGACGCACUUCAGGAUGCCUCCACUCAAGGCUAUGACAACAUCGUUCGGAUAUUACUCGACAGUGAUAUAUUAGCUACCUAUAGUCGGAGCUACGGUAAAGCAAUUCUCGGUGCCGUUCGUGCAAGCCACGACAAGAUCGUUCAGAUGCUACUCGAGAAGGGUGCCGAUCUAUAUGCCAAGGGUAUCAACCUCUUUAGCAGGGCACUUCUGGAUGCUGCUGAUGACAGCGAUGGCAACAUGGUUCGGAUAUUACUCGAGAAGGGCGCCGAUGUGAAUGUUGAGGGCGGCACCUUUGGCAAUCCGCUUCAGACUGCGUGUUAUUACGGCGACGACGAAACUGUUCAAAUGCUGCUCGAGAAGGGUGCCGAUGUGAAUGCUCAAGGUGGCGAGUACGAAAGUGCGCUUCGGGCUGCCUCUUCGGCCGGCUACAACAAUAUCGUUCGGAUGCUACUCGAGAACGGUGCCAAUGUGAAUGCUCAAGAUGACUACUCCGGCAAUGCACUUUACAGUGCCUCUGGGGCAGGCCACGACGAGAUUGUUCAGAUGCUACUUGAGAAGGGCGCCAAUGUGAAUGAUCAACAUGGCUUAUACGGUAACCCGCUUCAGAAUGCGUCUUUCCAUGGCCGCGACGAGAUCGUUCAAAUACUACUCGAUAACGGUGCUGAUGUGAACGCUCAGGGAGGCCUCUAUGGGAAUGCGCUUCAGGCCGCCUCUCAUGGAGGCCACGACAAAACUGUUCAGAGACUACUCGAUAACGGCGCGAAUGUGAAUGCUCAAGGUGGCGAGCACGGAAAUGCGCUUUUCGCUGCCUCUGUCAAAGGCCACGAUAAGGUCGUUCGGGUAUUACUCGACUGGGGUGCCGAUGUGGAUGCCCAGGGCGACUACUACGACACUGCACUUCAGGGUGCCUAUGCUAGACGCCAUGAUCAUAUCGUUCAGAUACUCCUCGAAAACGGCGCCAAGGAGUUGGAUUGGGAGCCAAUUCAGGAUUAGGAUCAGUUCAAUGUUAUGUUUCGAACUCUCAGACUCUGGGGGCCCUCCUCGAACUGACUCGGCGUGGAGGUUAAUGAGGUACAUUGGGAGACUCAAGAAGAUGGCCGGCAUACCCAGGGGUAAUUCCACAGUCAUGGGAGGCUCGAGUGGAAUACCGUACUCAGCAAUCACUAUCACAAAUCACCAAAUGCCCAUCAUCGCCAGCAUGACC